AUGGAUAAUGCCUUUUAUCAUAGUCGAAAGUGCGAAUUAACGCCACAACAGUCAUGGAGGAAGGCAAGGAUUCAAGAAUGGUUACGAGACAAAGGUGCUCCUUAUGAUGAAACCAGCUUAAAAACAGAAUUGCUUCAGCUUGUGAAGCUACAUGCCCAUAAAUAUAAAAAACUCGCUGUGGAUGAAUUAGCGCUAAGCCAUAGAAUCACCGUACUAAGAUUGCCCCCCUAUCAUUGUGAACUAAACCCAAUCGAGUUAAUUUUGGCACAAGUUAAAGGGGAAGUGGCUGGAGGAAAUAGAUCAGUUAAAUUGGCUGAUGUUCAACGCCAUCUUAAGAAAGCACUAGAAAACGUUACAACAGAAGACUGGAGAAAGUGUAUUAAUCACGCUGAUAAAGAGGAAAAGAAAAUAUGGGAUGUAGAUAAUAUGGUUGAUGAAGUUAUCGAUCCUUUUAUUAUCAAUGUCGGUAAUAGUGAUAGUGAUAGUGAUAGUGAUAGAUGA